UCUUGAUUUAGUUAUAAAAAUCUUCGGGCCGGCCACGUUGUUAGGAUUCCACAAAUUAGCACAGCCACAAAGUUAAAAUUGGCUGUAUCGUAAAAAAUCAUGAAAACGAACAUUUGCUUUUUGAUCAUAAUUUAAGGUUGGGGUUGAUGUUGGCAGAGGGGUUAGGUUUGAAAUGAUAAGACAAAUUAUAUAAAUGGCGGGGUUUAUGACUUUGUGGCUGUGGUGACUAGUAAUGACCGCGUUGUUUUGCUGCUAAAACAACUAGCUAGUUAGCGGUGCUAGCUAGUAAACAAACAACUGAACUGAAUAUGUCUGGAACUUCAUCAGUAGCUGGUGAAGUAUUUGUAGACGCCCUGCCGUAUUUUGACCAGGGUUAUGAUGCAGCUGGCGUCAGAGAGGCGGCUGCAGCCUUGGUAGAAGAGGAGACUCGCAGAUACAGACCUACAAAGAACUAUCUCAGUUAUAUACCCACACCUGAUUUCACUACCUUUGAAACUGAAAUCAUGAGGAACGAGUUUGAGAGGCUAGCAGCCCGGCAGCCUCUGGAACUUCUCAGCAUGAAGAGGUCAACCCAGUCUACUCUUUUGCACAUAGCAAUAUUUUUUAACCAGACUUUUUUUGCUAAAACAUUCAAUCACACAUUCAGUUCGAAAGUGAUGCAUUUAAACCCUCGUUGUCCUGAGUGUAUACCCAACUGUUUUAUUUUUAACCUGUGCAGAUAUGAGCUUCCUGCUCCAUCUUCAGGGCAGAAGAAUGACAUCACUGCAUGGCAGGAUUGUGUGAACAACUCCAUGGCUCAGCUGGAGCAUCAGGCAGUGCGCAUUGAGAACCUGGAACUCAUGGCACACUAUGGCACCAACGCAUGGAAGGUCUACAAUGAUAACCUGGCCUUUAUGAUUGAAUUGGCUCAAAAGGAACUACAGAAAUGUAGAAAGCAGAUUCAGGACUUGAACUGGCAACGAAAGAAUGAUCAGCUUGCAGGCGGGGCCAAGCUGAGAGAGCUGGAGUCAAAUUGGGUGUCCCUCGUAAGUAAGAACUAUGAGAUUGAACGUGCCAUCGUCCAGUUGGAGAAUGAAGUUGGAAAGCUCAAACAGCAACAGGGUGACGAGAACAAGGAAAAUAUUCGACAGGACUUCUAGAACUCAAGCCUUGUGCGAGACCCCUUCUACAAAAAAAUAAAAUGUUAAGCUUGCAGCUGAGAACCAACAUGAAAAGAAAAGGACUCUCCAAACUUUCAGAAGAACAUAUUUUCCUUGGCUCCACAGUUUCUUUACAUUAGUGUCAGACAGUGACCAUUGAAAAACCAUGGGCCGUGUAAAGAACUUUUUCAUUGUACCUCGAGAUCACUUAAGAUGUAAACUCUGUUCAAUUUUUAAAUGUUUGUCAAUUUAAGUAGUUCUAAAUUGAGGUAGAGUUAAGCAUAACUAAUGAUGCUGUCUACCAAAUGCACAUGAUUUCUUCCCAUAUGCUAGCAUGUUUAGAACAUUUGUGAUACAAUAAGAUUUUUAUUUUUUUAUUUUUUUAAAUCGACUUAUAAUAAAAUGAUGUUGAAACAUG